ACUCAUCUCCUUCUUCCUCUUCCUCCUCAAAGUCUUCAACUUUAAUUUAAAAAUCCAAUUUUUAUAACAAAAAACAGUUUUUUUUUUAAUUUAAUAUAUAAAUUAGGGUUCUUGGUUUAGGGGUUUGAAAGGAUCGUCAAUGGCUAAAGAGAUAGAGAAUUUAUGGAGAGAAGUGAGAGAACUAAGCUUAGGAACUAAAAUCGAUCGUCUUAAUUUACCACCGUCUCCGGUGAAGUUUCUAAGAGACUACGUGUCUCAGAGCAAGCCUUGUGUAAUCUCCAACGCUAUUACUCAUUGGCCGGCUUUAAAACUCUGGUCGGAUCCGGCCUACCUCUCUGAAGCUUUGUCGAAUGAUCUUGUUUCAUUACAUCUUACUCCUAACGGCUCCGCCGACGCCGUCACUCCUGUCGGAGAUAGAGAUGGUCUCUGUUUCGCUUCGGCUCAUGUGGAGAAAGUUCUGUUCCCGGAGGCUCUCCGGGCUGUUGGGUCGUCGUGUAAGGGUAAAAAGGUUGGGUAUUUACAACAGCAGAAUGAUUGUUUUAGAACGGAGUAUUCAACUGUUGGUUUAGACUGUGACGGAGAUAUCUCGUGGGCUACGGAGGCGUUUGGUUGUUCGCCGGAAGCUGUGAACCUUUGGAUUGGUACUGAACACUCUGUGACGUCUUUCCAUAAAGAUCACUACGAGAAUCUAUACGCAGUUGUUUCAGGGGAGAAACAUUUCCUUCUCCUUCCUCCGACUGAUGUGCAUCGCCUCUAUAUCGAACAGUAUCCAGCAGCUAAUUACUCUUACCAUCGAGAUACUGAAGCGUUCAAGCUUGAGGUUGGGGAGCCGAUGAGGCAUGUGCCCUGGUGUAGUGUGGAUCCAUACCCUUCACAAGAGAAAGAAGCAAGUGAGAGAUUGAAAUAUCCGUUGUUUUUCAAUGGCCCAAAGCCGUUUCAUUGUACUGUUAAGGCUGGCGAGAUUCUUUACCUGCCAAGCAUGUGGUUUCACCAUGUUAGUCAAACCCCAGGAGAUGGUGGCUAUACCAUUGCAGUGAACUAUUGGUAUGAUAUGCAGUUCGACAUCAAGUAUGCUUACUUCAACUUUUUGCAAUCUUUAUCAUACAAGUCAUCUUCACUCAAUCCAGUUCUGUCUUGGAGAGAAGACGAAGAUUGGGAAUCCAGUGAUGCAGAGUUAUGAAGAGAUAAAACAACAUUUUGUUCCUGAGUUCAAGUUUUUAUCGGUCAGAGUAAAAAGCUCAGAGAAGAUCUUAACUUUACAUUAUGUAAUCUUAGGACUAAGGAGAUAUUGUCUGUAUGCUGUUUAUCUUAUUACUUGUCAUGUACAAUGGUGCUUUCUCCACUAUUUCUUGAGUUUUGUCUCCCAGAGAUUAUAAAGAACCAUAAAAUGAUAGAAAAGCACUUAAAAAUGCUUUCAAUUGUA